AUGAAAUCUGUGAUCCCAGUCAUUAUGGCUGGUAUCAUCGGUAUCUACGGUUAUAAUCUCAACAAGGGAUUUGCUCACUUGGCAGCUGGCCUUACAUGUGGACUUUGUGGGCUGGGAGCCGGUUACGCCAUCGGAAUUGUCGGCGAUGCUGGAGUACGCGGAACAGCUCAACAACCACGUCUUUUUGUCGGAAUGAUCCUCAUUCUCAUCUUCUCCGAAGUACUGGGUCUAUACGGUAUGAUCGUCGCUUUGAUCCUCGGAACGUCAUAAGGUUCAUCACCGAUCGAAGCUAGGUAUUUCUGUACCUUUCGGAAACGAAUAUCGUCGUUGCUGAGAUGUUCAUGUGUUGCUACUUUUUUCUUCACUUUUUCUCGUUUUCUUCUCUUUUGAUUGACAAUCAAAACUCAUCAUUGUCUACGGCAUUUGCCGAUAUCCGUUCUCUUCGCCUCACCGCAGAAUCUUAUACAUACUCUACGCUCGACUUGUAAACAGUGUUAGUGACGAUAAAAUAGUGAUGCAGUCU